GUCCAAAGCGUUUCAAAAAUAUUAUCUUCUGCAGGAUCGUUACCGACUGGCCCAUUUGGUCAACUGACCACCGAAUGAGCCGCAGCGUGCUGGAAUCGACGGCGUCUCCGAGCAGCAGCGGUGCGUAACGAGCCCCGCCGUCACCAGCUCUGCCCUCAGUUCGUCUCACUCUCCUUGUUCUCUCUGUGUGACAUGCGCAGACUCGUCGCCUGUGCUGCUGGAGCGUCAACGAACAACACGCUCUCGUGCCGUCGAGAUGGAAGACGACGAGGUUGGUCGCUAGGACAGUAUGCGAGCACAAUACGAGGGUUCUUAACCGUCUAAAUUGCUGUGUGAACCAGUCGGAAGAUGUUGACACGGACGAGUUAGAGGAGAGCAAAGAAGAUGAUGAGGAAGAAGAGACAACAAAACGCGCCUCGCGACGUCUACAGACAGAGCUGGACAUCACGAGCCCCCCGCCCUCCACAGGCCACGAAGAGGUCAGCAGCGCGUCGCCUGAGUCAUCCACUCGCUAUUCUCUGCGCACUCGCCCCAAGCCCAAGCGCAUCGACGAGUCCAUCUACAACGACGUGUUCCCCACCGCUCAUUCGACAUACGCAGAGUCGACACCGGAGUCCCAAGUCCCCAGUAAGAAACGUCGACGUCGUCGCAAUCGCAGUCGAAGGUCCAAGAGGCAAAAGAGACGAGUAGAACAAGAAGAAGAUGAAGAAGACGAUGAUGAAGAAGAAGAACAAGACGAAGAGACGCAAUACGAGGACGGUAUGAGCAUGCGAGAGAUCAACAGGAAGAUCAAAGCACAGGAGCGUCAGGAACGAGAACAACAGCGACGUGAGCGUUCGACACGCUACUCUUUACGGUCUCGAGAGAGUCUCACGAUGAGCGACGCGAGUGUCGUUUCCCCUCCCCAAACUGAGAGCAGAGGACGCACGACGAGGCGGUCGCAGGUGGCAGAGAACCACGUAGAGGAGGAAGAACAGGAAGAAGAUGCAGACAACGAGUCUCAGUCCGAGAACGAUGCAAUCUCAGACGAUGGACAGGACGAAGACGAUGCCGAAGAACCAGCCAGUUCGACGCGUUACCAUCUACGCCAACGUCGACAGGUGGCUACAGACGAGACCAGUAUCGCCACUCGCAGUCGCACCAAGACGAGAGCAGCGCCUAUGUUUGAACCAGAAGACACUUCACGCCGCUACUCGCUGCGUGACCGCUCCAAGACGCAUCGAGCUGACGCCGAGGAAGACGCCGCUGCGUCUCCAGAGACUUCAGCCUAUGCAGAGUAUCAGAAACGACAGGCCACUCGCGCCUCGAGGAGAAGCUCCACGACCGGUUCUGGAAGCAAUAGACGCCUCUUUCUGCCGGACAUGGACUCGUCUCCCCCUCCACGUCGCCGCCGAAGUCGUGGCCGAAACAAAUACAGUCGAGGACGUCGGAAUCGUCAUCGUCGAUCGCUGUCGUCCUCAUCUUCGGGCUCCUCAUCCUCUUCCGACAUGUACAUGGACGACGACGACUCGGACGGCGGAAUGCGGACUACCAGCCCAUGGCGGUCUUCUAAAAGCAGUCGCAAGAGCGGAAGUUCACGUGCAGACAUCACGCCAGUGGAGGUAGAUCGCAGCAUCACGUGGGACAGCGUGGGUGGCCUGAAAUCGCACAUUGAAGCGCUGAAAGAGAUGGUGAUGCUACCGCUGUUGUAUCCAGAGUUUUACAGCAAGUAUAGCGUGUCUCCACCGUCCGGAGUGCUGUUCUACGGACCUCCAGGUACAGGUAAGACCCUGCUAGCCAGAGCGCUGGCGAACUCCUGCUCCUUCUACGGAGAAGGAGAACAACCCAGUGGCUCGAUACAAGCAACCAGUCCAGCACAGAAGAAGAAGAAGCAACAACCGAGGCGACAUGUGACGUUCUACAUGCGCAAGGGAGCGGAUUGUCUGAGUAAAUGGGUGGGAGAAGCAGAGCGACAACUACGUCUUUUAUUCGAGGAAGCCAAACGCAACCAGCCGUCCAUUAUCUUCUUUGAUGAGAUCGAUGGCCUCGCGCCUGUGCGUAGCGCCAAACAGGAUCAAAUCCACGCGUCCAUCGUGUCGACGCUGCUGGCUUUGAUGGACGGAAUGGACUCACGAGGCCGCGUCGUUGUGAUUGGCGCCACCAAUCGACUGGAUGCGAUUGAUCCGGCCUUGCGUCGCCCUGGUCGCUUUGAUCGCGAAUUGGGCUUCAAGCUGCCGAGUGUGGAUGAACGGAAGAGUAUGCUGGCCAUCCACUCGAAGCACUGGAAACCUCCUUUAUCCAAUAGAUUUCUAACGGAACUCGCGGAGCAGACAGUGGGGUAUUGUGGUGCUGACAUUAAGGCGCUGUGUGCUGAGGCGGCCUUGUGCUCUCUGCGUCGCGUGUAUCCUCAGGUAUACGCGAGUCAAGACAAACUGCUGAUCAAUCUGGACAAGGUGGUCGUGGCUCGCGGAGAUUUCGUCAAGGCAGCGAAGAAGAUCACGCCAGCUUCACAUCGCGCUAUAAGCUCAUUCGCAUCGCCGCUACCACGAGCAGUUAAGGGAUUACUGCAGACUCAACUGAUGCAGGUUUUGCGAGAUGUGGCGCGUCAUUUCCCGCUCUUUCCUCUUGACAAGGCAGCGAUUGACGAUGCUGUUACUACCAACAGUGAGGAAGACGAGGAGGAAGAGGAAGAUGACGUGGAUAUUUAUGCUGUUACGAGCCAUGACGACUGCGACGUGUGUCAUGGAAACGAAGGCGAGCUGCUCUGCUGUGAUGCCUGUCCGGGAGCCUUCCAUCGUGCGUGUCUCUCCGAGAUGGCUACAUCUACUGAAGAAGAUACCGGUGGACUCUGGUUUUGUCUUGAUUGUCGGACUUCCAGCUCUGCGGCGAUGCAAAGAGCGAUACAGCGAGGCAAGAAGAAGCGCGUGCACUCGAUCGCUUCGCUGCAUUUGCCUCGUCACUCUGGAUUCCCUCGCGUUUUGAUUGCGGGUAAAGCUGGCAUGGGGCAGCAAUACGUUGGCCCAGCGCUUCUGCACUCGUUGGAAGGGUUAACUCACUUCUCGCUGGAUUAUCCUUCACUAGUGGCCGACUCGAACUCGCAUUUCCCCGAAGAAGCACUGAUCCAACGACUCAGUGAGGCCCAGAAAUGUCUACCGUGUGUGAUUUAUCUCCCUCACGUUGAGUUGUGGUGGAAGAACACGAACGAGUCGAUGCACUUGACACUGAAGAUGAUGCUCAUGGACCUGCAAGUUCGAGCCAAUCUGCCCAUCUUGUUCUUGGCGUGUACAGCGCCCUCAUGUGACGAAAAGACCUUACCAGAAGAUCUAUUGGCGUUGUUUAAAGAGGACCCGAGUGUAUCGCUGACGUCUGUGGUCAUGGAGAUGGAUGCACCAAGUGAAGAAGCGCGAUUGACUCAUUUUGAUCAAGUGUUUAGCUCGUUCGCCACGCCUCCAGCUGUCCAGAAGAAGAAAAGAUCCAAACACGAGAAGCUCGCCGUGUUGCCACUGGCUCCGCUUCCUCCAGCUCCAUCCAAGAUGGAACUGAGUCCGGAAGAGCAGAAGAAAAGGAGGGAACGAGAUUUCCACUUUUUACGAGAGCUGCGGAUCUUCCUGAGUCAAGUGCUACACUACUGCUACUCGCAGAGGUUGUACACUCCGUUCUACGUGCCAGUGGACCCCGUGGCAGUGCCCAACUACUACUUGAUAGUGAAGAGACCCAUGGACUUGAGCACAAUGCGGGACAAGUUGAACGAUGAAGAGUACACGUGCUUCGAGCAGUUUAUGGACGACAUUCAACUCAUCGUACGGAACGCCAAUGUCUUCAACCCAAAGCGCAGUAGGACGCGCCAUAUCGCACAUGCGGCUGGUACGAUGAAGGACAAUAUUCUGUCAUAUGCUCACAGAUUCCGGAUACGUCAGGGCUACGAUUUAUUCGCCAAGUGUCGAGAGGUAACCAAGAGACUGCGGGCACAUCCAACGAUGUACGGAGAGUAUGGCCAACGGUUUUUGAAAACUGGCCGGAACACACGCAAGAAUUCUGUACGAGCGGCUGAAAAGCCUGGUGUGCGUACCAGUGCGCGGCUUCGAGGUGUAAAAGCCCCUGAAAUCAGUCUGGACGCAGCUAUUUCACGUGCGACAGAAAGCACUAAUGUCAUCAGCAAUGGAGUGAAGGAGGAACGGACGGAGGUACAGUGUGGAAACAAAUCGAAGGAGGAAGUGCCAAAGCUUCAGUCAGCGCAGCAAUGGUUUGACGAGGAAGAAGAGGAGAAGAAGAGCGAUGAAGAGGCAUCUACCGAUGACAAGUCGGACGAUAAGACCAACGAAGACACAGGCGAAGAGAUGGAGGAAGAAGUUUAUGAAGAAGGCGAUCGCAUCUUUGUGAGCAGUCGGACGCAUCCAGGAAUCAAUCGUGAAGGUGGCGCUGCCGUGGUGCAGAGUCGCAAUAAGGACGGCACUUACAACGUCAAGUACAUUCUCGGAGGCAGUGAAAAGUCCGUGAGUUGCAAGUACGUGAGGCGGUUGACGGAUGACGCGGUGAUGGAGUCGGUCAAGACCCAGCGGUCUGUGGCGAAUGACGCCGAUGGCGUGGCUUCUGUGCGUCUCAUUCAGGACGAGGAGAAGAUGGACGAGACGGACUAUUUCGAUGAGCUCUUGUGGCCUCUGUUGAAGGAGGAAGGAUGGACUCGCGAUGACAAUUUCGACAUCAUUGAGGCGUCGGGUAAAGAGUCUGGACUCGCUGUGCAGCGCGUCGUGUUUACUCCUGGCAAGACGCGCGAUGGCGAGACUGUGAUGUUGAACAGCGUGGUGGAGGCGCUCAAGUACAUUAAUGAGGACCCGGAGUUGUCGCUCAAGCUGUUUGGCAACCGGUAUGCCGAGCGAAUGAUGACCGAGGAGGCUCUUGGAGAGGAGGUAAGCAGUGACGAGGAGACUGUAGAGAUGGAAGAAGCGUCUGCAGCGGAGAAUAAUGUGGCGGUAGCAGAAGGAAACAAUGACGAGCCGAUGCCUGAGGCGGAGGAGGAAGUGCAGGAGACACCAGAGUUUAUUUAUGACGAGGUGCGUAUACGUGUUGCUCAUUGAGGUAGUGGUGGCGUUAAUUGAGGUAUACUUUUAAUUUUGCAGGCUCGGAUGACGGCGGUCUUGACGAAGUUGGUGGAGAAGACGGCCAACUGGUCGGUCGACAAGCUGCGCGACGAGCUGCUGAUGCUGAACAAGCUGGCGUAUCCGUUCCGCAACAGUUUCGACCGCACGGAGCUGAUGACGCUUAUAGAGGCACACGUGGCAACGUUGCUUUAACAGGUCGCUGGGAUACAGAAUAACAGCGAUAAACACGGGCAAAUACACGUGCAGUUGAAGUUCUUCGAAAAUUGACCAGAAAAGUAGCAUUUUAUGGUAGUUUCUGAGCAUCAUAGAAACAAAGUCAGAGAUUAUUCUCAGAAUCAGACCAUAUCUGAUUCGAUCAGCUGAUUCCAGGUUCUGAUUCCGAAUCAGAGAAAAACUGAGUACAUGUACUGUUGAAAACAAA